AUGGCAUUUGCUUCAAGAGUUCUGCAUAAUGUCUCCUUCCUGGAACUGCAUGAUUACCAGGACCAGCAGUUCAGUGGUGAUAAUGUUGAGCAUGAAAAAUUACUGAAAGAGAACUCCACACUCUAUGUGGGGAACUUUUCCUUUUGUACAGAGUCAAUAUAUGAGCUCUUUAGUGAAUAUGGUGACAUCAAGAAUGUAUUUAUGGGACUGGAGAAGAAAAUAUCCUGUGGUUUCUGUUUUGUAGAAUACCAUAACAGGGCUGAUGUUGAAAAUGCCAUGCACUUCCUAAAUGGGACUUGCCUAAAUGACCAUAUCAUUGGCACAAAUUGGGAUCUCAGUUAUUUAGAGGGUAGACAAUGAGGCCAGGGCCAAUCUGGGGGUCAGGUAAUAGAUGAGUUUUUUGAAAACUUUAAUGUUUUUGAUGGAGGAUUUGGGGAGGCCCACAUUAGGAGAGGAAUCCACUAG